AUGCCGAUGGACGAGAUGCUGAUGGUCUUCUUCACAUCAACGCAGACAGCUCUCUGGUCCGAGUCCUGGUGGCCGUUGACGACUGGACAAUAUGCCGGAACUUGCAUCUUCCUCAUCGCACUCGCGGUGAUCUUCCGAGGCCUGCUUGGUGUGCGGAUGCACUUCGACAAGAUAUAUUCUUGGAUGGUCUAUCGCCAUGAUACGAAGGUCUUGAGGAAGUAUGGUUUCGAGAAAGAUCAGGUCAAGGUGCCAGAGGGCGAGGUUCGUGCUGCUCGAUGGAGUGUAAACGAGGAGCUGUUCAGGGCGGUUUUGGAUACUGUUAUUGCUGGCUUCAGCUACCUUCUUAUGCUCGCGGUGAUGACAAUGAACGUUGGAUACUUCAUGUCGGUUCUUGGGGGUGUCUUUCUAGGUAGCUUUGUGCUUGGGCGAUACACAGGGGCUGCUGCUGCCCACUGA